AUGCUGAUCCGACGAGUAUUUGCCCUACAAGUCAGAGGAUCGCAUCAUGUGAUUCACAUUCAGGAUCUGGGCGGAUCGACGCAGGUAACGUCGAUUUCGCCUUUCGACUACGCUGGUUAG